AUGGCAAAAUCCUCUUCAGCAGGUAAUAAGCCUAAAAAAGAAGAAAAUGUUUCUCUGACAAUAGAAGAAUUACUUGAAAAAGAUCAACCUUACAAAGAACUCAACAGUUUACGUGACUCUACGCUGAAUAUCGCGCAGGAUGAGACAGUUAAAAAAAUACAAGGAUCUCUUAUUGGUCUUGCUAUUGGUGAUGCUCUUGGAGCAUCAGUAGAAUUCCGUCCUCAUUCUUAUUUGCAAGAAAACAAAGUAACAGAUAUGCAAGAAGGUGGAACAUGGAGCUUAAAAGCAGGUCAAUGGACCGAUGAUACAUCCAUGGCACUUUGUCUUGCAGCUAGUCUUAUUGUUAAACGAUGUUCUGAUUGUUAUGAUCAAUUCGAGAGAUAUAAACGAUGGUUUAAAGAUGGAUAUAUGUCUUCAACUGGAAUAUGUUUUGACAUAGGACAGGCUACACGUAAAGCAAUUAUCGAAUUCGACAAACGGCAGCAAAAAGUCAUGCGGGAAUUAAAACUAGAAGAAAAUACUCCGAGAGACGCUCAGACGAACGAAAGAGUAAAAGAGAAGUAUUUACAAGUGUAUCAAACUGUGGAACUUGGAGCAUCAGAUUCUGGUGGUAACGGCGCACUCAUGCGUUUAGCACCGAUACCUGCAUUUUUUUCUAGAACAUAUACUGAUGUCAAAAAUUGCAUUGACAAGGCAACAAGACUUACGCAUGGUGAUGAACGAGCGAUCGAUGCUUGUAAAUUUUAUGCUGGUCUUAUUUGGCACGCCAUACAUGGUACAUCGAAAACGACCCUUUUGUCUAAAGAUUUUUAUAAAGAUACUUUGGAUAUAAAAUUACAUAAAGAGGUUGAGGCCAUUGCUGAAGGUUCCUAUAAAGAUAAAAAGAAAGGAUACGAUGAUGGUAUUCGUGGAAAAGGUUUUGUAUUAGAUUCACUAGAAGCUGCGUUAUGGGCUUUUUAUAAUGAUAAUGAAUUCUUCGAGAAAGGUAUUCUAGAUGCUGUUAAUUUGGGCGAUGACACAGAUACAACAGCGGCUAUCUAUGGAGAAUUGGCUGGUGCUAUGUAUGGUAUCGAAAAAAUUCCUGAAAGGUGGAAGAAAGCAUUGUUCCAAAAAGACUUUAUCAUGAAUGUAGCAACAGCUUUAUACGUGAAAGGAAAAGACAAGCAAGAAUAUAAGGCCCGUUCAGACUGGUCAGACCCGGAUGCAGACGAAGAUGGUGCACCAGGGGAUAGGCCACAAGCAGACUCGCCUCACAAACAACAUACCGAUCAAACACAGAACAAAAAGGGUGCAUCGAAUGUGCAGCCAUCUCCAGAUCUAUCUAAUAAAUCGAAUCGUUCACACGAUAACAAUCAGGCAAACAAUCAGAAGGGUUCAUCGGAUGAGAAGUCACAUUCAGGUGCUUCUAAUAAAUCGAAUCAAUUGCGGGAUAAUGAUCAGGCAAAAAUACACGAAACUGAAUCGACUGAGAAGUUAUCUUCAGGUGUGUCUAAUUCACCAAAUAUUAGUCGAUCCGACAAAAAGGAUAAUACAUUACUUCAGGUUCCUUCAGAAGCUCGGCGUGCAUCAUUGAAUAACACUCAAUCGAAGAAAAAUGAUCCAACGAAUGGCCAAACUACAACUAAACUGAUCACUGAAUCUUAG